UUUAUCGAGCAUAACCUAAUAGCCAACGUUUAUUUAUUUUCAUAUAUUCGUUGUAUUUAUAAAUAUUUAUUAAUUUAUAUAAAAAUAUAUAUAAUUUUAGUGGUAUACUACGACAUUCAAUAAUAAUUAUCAUCAAAUUUAAAUUUAAGACAUCUUAUUAAUUAAUUAGAAAUGGAUAAACAAGAAUUCAAAUUGGAUGCUGGUUGUGAAUUACGAUUUGAAGUGAAACAUAAAAAAGAAAAAGUAUAUUUGAAAUUAAAAAGCGGAUUUGCUGAAAUAUUUGGUACCGAAUUAGUCAACAGAGAGGAUUCAUAUGAGUUCGGUUAUGGAGCUCAGAUAGCUGUAUUUACUUAUCAUGGAUGCGUAGUAGAAUUAACCGGGAAAGCUGUGGGAGUUCAUGUUGCCAAUGAAACUCCGAUGUACUUUUACUUGAACGCUCAUUUGGCUCUAGAAGCAAUGAGGGAGGAAACUAAAAAGAAAGAUCUAGCUGAAGCCAGUGGUCGCGAAGAAGCCAGAAAGAAAGAAGGAGAUGAAGCUAAAAACAAAGAAGGAGCUGAACAAAACAAUAUACGUGGACCAAUAGUCAUGAUUGUUGGCCCUAAAAACGUUGGUAAAUCAACACUCUGCCGCAUUUUACUAAAUUACGCCGUCAGAUCAGGAAGGAGUCCAAUAUUCGUAGACCUGGACGUCGAUCAAGGUCAGAUAACCAUACCAGGAAAUAUCGGAGCUCUUACAGUUCAAAGAUUUGCUGACGUAGUGGAGGGAUUCAGUAAAAAAGGUUCGCUAGCUCUACAUUUUGGUCACAAAACUCCUGAAAGCAACACGACACUCUACAAUCGUCUGGUAUCCCGUUUAGCUGACAUAUGUUUUGAUCGAAUGAAAGAAAAGAGAAAGGACAAUAUAUCAGGAAUAAUUAUCAACACGUGUGGAUGGGUUCCUGAUGAAGGUCACAAGCUUCUAACUCACGCUGCGCGAGCUUUUGAAGUCGACGCAGUUCUUGUAUUAGACAAAGAUCGACUACGCAGUGAUCUGAAGGUUGAUCUGCCCCCAUUUGUUAAAGUUGUCCUGCUACCAAAGAGCGGUGGAGUUGUUGAGACCAGCGAAUCGCAAAGACCUGAAAUAAGAGACCAACGAAUACGCGAGUACUACUACGGUAUUGGUAAAACAGUAUUGUCUCCGCAUCCUAUAAUCAUUAAAUGGAAUCAAGUUACAAUAUAUAAGAUUGGGACUGCAGUAGUUCCUGAUUCUUGUGUGCCACUGGGUACUAAGCCUGAAGACAAUUUGACUAAAUUAGUUACCGUUACUCCAGAACCCAAUUGGCUACAUCAUAUUUUGUCGGUGUCGUAUGCUAAAACACGUGAAGAAGUUCUGUACAAAAACAUUGCUUCGUUUCUUUGCGUUACCGAGGUCGACAUGGUGCAACAAACCCUGCGCGUUUUGUCUCCGGUUUUGGGACCUUUGGCUGGUAAUAUAUUUCUGUUGUCGGAAAUUCAGUUUAUGGAUAAUUAUUAAGUUUUUUAUGAAGACUGUAUAUAUUUUAUAUGUAUAUAACUAUACUUGUUGUAUAAAAUUAAAUGAAGAUUAAAAUUUUUUACUAUAAUA